AUGGGAGAUGAGCCUGCAUUACCAGGGGGCUGGGAGAAAAGAAUGAGCCGGAAUUCAGGAAAGGUGUAUUACUUCAAUCGCGUCACCAACGCCAGCCAAUGGGAUCGACCCACAGCAGGAGACAGCCAUGGAGAACCAGAGAAGGUCCGCUGCUCGCACCUGCUGGUUAAGCACAACAAAUCCCGUCGCCCCUCUUCGUGGCGGGAGCAGAACAUCACGAGAUCCAAAGAUGAAGCGCUCAAUCUCAUUCAGAGCUAUAUUGAGCGAAUAAAGUCAGCAGAGGACAAGUUUGAGGACUUGGCGUAUGAGUUCAGCGAUUGCAGUUCAGCUAAGAACUAUGGGGACUUGGGACAAUUUGGCAAAGGUCAAAUGCAGAAGCCGUUCGAAGACGCAUCUUUUGCGCUCAAGAUUGGCGAGAUGAGUGGACCCGUUUUUACCGAAUCUGGAGUUCACAUCAUCCUACGUACCGGCUGA